AUGGCCCCUGAGGCCCUCUGGGGCCUCAACGCCUCGCGGCAGGAGCAGCGGCUGCUGAGCUGGCUGAAGGACCAGGCCCCGGCUUCCUCCUGCCACCUCAAGUGCCUGCAGAUCCUCAAGGGCCUGCGGGACCUCCGCGGGCAGGGCCUGGAGGAGCCCUUCUGCUCCCAGUGGGGCCGGGUGCUCUCCUCCUACGUGCUGAAGACGGCGCUCUUCUCCCUGCUGCUGCAGGGGCCCUUGGAGGCCUGGGACGAGCGGUUCCUGGUGGAGCGGCUGGAGGACCUGGUGCUGUACCUCAGGGACUGCCUGCGCAAGCAGGUGCUGAUGCAUUUCUUCCUGGGCAAUGCCAGCCUCCCCGAGGCCGUGGCGCUGCCCCGGUUCCUUAAGGAAGCUGCCCCCGUGAACUUGCUGGCCGGCUUUGAUGGGCCCACGCUGGACCUGGCUGCCUUCCAGCUGAUCAACACCUGGAUCCAGGCCCCACAUUUCAUCAGGAUGUACAGCAGCCCCCGCUACUUGCGACCAGCACCCACCCCGUGCCGGCACGUCGGCGAGGCCAGGCAGGAGCCAACAGGAGAGUGA